AUGGCGCCUCCAUACACUGUUGCUCCCCAUCUGGAAUACUUCAAUAUCCCCCUGGCCGAGUUUAGCGCCAGCCGCCCCGAAUUCGAGAGUUUCGCCGUCGGCGGGUACAUCUUCUCCCAGCAACCAUCCACCAAUGCCAAUGUCAAUGCCAAUGACAAUGACAAUGCCAAUGCCAAUACUAGCCCGCGCAUUCUGUUGAUCCAGCGAGCCAUGACUGACACCAUGAGUGGCUGUUGGGAAGGCCCUGGUGGUGCCGUCGAGCCCGAUAUUGACCAAACUCUGCUGGACGGUGUAGCCCGCGAGGUCCUUGAAGAGACAGGACUCAAUGUGUCACGCUUUGUCGAUCUCGUGGGCGUCGACAGCUGGCAACACCUGCGCCGGAAUGGCGACACGCUGCGUAUCGCCAAGUACUCCUUCAUCAUCGAUGUCUACGAGGCCAAAGGGCCGUAUGAGGAAAUCCCUGUUCGGUUGGAACCAACCGAACACCAGGCCUUUGACUGGGCACUGGAAGAGGAGGUACGAGAAGUGAUGCAGUCCAAUACGGGCAAAUUUCAACUGCCAUUCGCUGAAAAUUGGAAUCAUGGACCGAAUCUUGUACGGGCUUUUGCUUGGUUUCGAAAGCAGCAAGCUGGGUCCACGAAGUAA